UUUAUGGAGAAAAGAGAGAGAAGCAUAGCAUAGCUGACCUUUGCAAUACACGAGUAAAUGUUUUUGUUGUCGUUUUGACCCUUUUUCUUUUACCUCAUUUUUUCGAUCUCUAGUCAGCGAUUAAACUUUAACCUAACCCACCUUCUUCUUCUCUCUAUAUAUAUGUGCCUAAUGGAAUAGACAUCCCAGCCCCAGUUGCACAAACUUGUCUCUCAAUUUCUAAGAUCCUUCUUAGUUCAUAUCAUACUCCCAUUCUCAGAAUUCAAGAGGCUCUUAUAUUAGGCACAAACCCAGAAGAAGAAAAAGGAGGAAUAUAUAGAUAUAGCUAGCUUAGCUAUAACACUUUUUUGUGUACAAAAUGGGAAGACCACCUUGCUGUGACAAAAUUGGGAUUAAGAAAGGGCCUUGGACUCCAGAAGAGGACAUCAUCUUGGUCUCUUACAUUCAAGAACAUGGACCCGGGAAUUGGAGAUCGGUUCCCACUAAUACAGGGUUGAUGAGAUGCAGCAAAAGCUGUAGACUCAGAUGGACUAACUAUCUCCGACCUGGUAUCAAACGAGGGAAUUUCACUGAUCAUGAAGAAAAAAUGAUUAUCCACCUCCAAGCACUUUUGGGAAACAGAUGGGCUGCUAUAGCUUCGUACCUUCCACAGAGGACAGACAAUGACAUAAAGAACUAUUGGAAUACCCAUUUGAAGAAAAAGUUGAAGAAGAUGCAAACCGAUUCUGGGAGUGGUGAUGAUGAUGGAAACACUAAUGAGAAAGAAAAGUCUUGUUUGAAGGGUCAAUGGGAGAGAAGGCUUCAAACGGAUAUCCACAUGGCCAAACAAGCCUUAUGUGAGGCACUGUCCCUUGAAGAAAAACCAACCAAUAUUUUCCCUGAUGAGACCAAUCUACCCUCCACAACCACAACACCACCGAACAACCAAACACAAACACCCUUGUACGCAUCAAGCACAGAAAACAUAGCCAGAUUGCUCCAAAACUGGAUGAAGAAAUCCCCAAAGACAAUCUCCUUUAGCAACAACAUGAACAUGGUACCAACGACAGCGUCCAGUUCAAGUGAGGGAACACAGAGCAGCAUCACAUGCACCACACGGGAUCAUGCCCUUGACUCGUUGUGGAGCUUCAACGACUCUGAUCGUUCUCAAUCUGUGUCGGCUGAAGAAAACAACGCCAACUUGGGUGAUGAGAUUGAGACGCAUCAAGUGCCUCUCAUGCUGCUGGAGAAUUGGCUCUUUGAUGAUGCAGCCCCUCAGUGCAAUGAAGAUCUUAUCAACAUGUCAUCACUGGAGGAAAGUACAACUGGGUUGUUCUAGAUUCAUGUAACCAAAUUAAUAACCAAGCAUAAAGGGUCUUUAAGAAAGUCAAAUAGACUUUAUUAUUAGAGUUCUUGCAAAUGGAACUACUUUUCUAGGUCCCCCCAGUAGGAAGGUAACUCCCUCAAUAGUCAAUAGAAGCAAAGUGUACAUUACAAGUACAUCUAUACGAUAUUAUUAUGUUAGCUAUCUACCAUAAUAACUGGAGUUGAAUAUAUUUGUGUUUUCUACUUU